AUGGAUGAUAACUCAUACUCGGAGGUUCCUGUAGAAUAUUCCAGAAGGCAGAAGUCGUGUUGCAGAAGGCAGGGGCUGAAGCUGGUGCUCUUGGGGCUGCUGAUGGCUUCCUUCUGCGCCGGACUACUGACUGUCCUCCUCUUGUGGCACUGGGACGCGGUGCAGUCCAUGAAGCAGCUGGAGGAAACGGCUGCCCGCAACGUCUCCCAGCUUUCCCAGGUCUUGGCAAGCCACAAGGACCAGCAGAUGACCCAACAAUCCCAGGCUGCCCAGAUGUUGCAGAAUAUGGAGAAAAUCGUGACUGAGCAGAAGACCCUGAAACACCAGGAAUUUCAGUUCUCGCGGAACCUGGACGGAGUCCAAGAGGAUCUGGUCAAUCUCAAGUCCGCGGCCUUGAACGAGAUGUACAGUGUCUGGAACCGCAUGGAGAAGCUCCAGGAGGAAGUGGAGAAGCUGUGGUUAGAGCUGCAUCUGUCCAACGGCUCCCAGUGCAACACGUGCCCAGAGGACUGGGUCAACUUCGGCCGGAAGUGCUACUACUUCGGCCAGGGCACCCCCAAGAAGUGGCUGCAGGCGCGGAACGCGUGUCGCGCCCUGCAGGGGCAGCUGGUCAGCAUCCACAGCCAGGAGGAGCAGGACUUCCUAACCCAGCAUGGCAGUAAAUUUGGGACCUGGAUCGGCCUCCGGGACCUGGACUUGGAGGGGCAGUUUAUCUGGAUGGACGAGAACCCCUUGAACUAUAACAACUGGGGCCCUGGGGAGCCCAACAACCAGGAGCCCAGCGAGGACUGCGUGGUGAUGGAACACUCGGGGAAGUGGAACGACAUGGACUGCCUUGGCCGGCUGGACAGCUGGGUGUGCGACAGGCUGGCCACCUGCUGA